AUGGUGGAUAUUCAGCAAACAAAAAUAAAAAAACAAUCCCUAUUUGAUGAAUUAUGUAACAGUGAAUUAGCUAAAAAUUUUCCAAAAACAGAUUACAUUCUUGUCAAUACAUCGGACGUUCUUCCUUCUACGUAUGAUGAUUUUUAUGAUGAAUAUGCAAGUAUGUUUAAAACUACAUUAACUGUUUUACAACCCAUUGAAGAUCGUAUUAAAGAAUGUGAAACAACUAUGAAUGAAUAUACUAAUUUAUUUUUUAAACAAGAUGAUGAUGAUUUUAUACCUAUGACAAAAGUCCCUCGUUCAUUUAGUAUAUCGCUGGACGACAUGGAUAAACUUGAUCCAAAUAGUGAAUUAACUGCUAUACUUAAACGACGAAAACAAAUCUUUCUAACUGUAUCAUCAGAUGAAAAUGAAAUAGAACGUAAGACCAUAGAAUCUUUGAGUUACAAACCUUUUCAACCGAACGUGUACAAUGAUUGGGCAUCGGAAACUACCGUUGAAGUGAUUGAUAUUUUAAAUAAAGUAACUAAUGCACAAAAAUUUAAGGGAAAUUUUCCUUAUUAUUGGAAUAAAAUAAUUCACAGUGAUACAAGUCAACAUUUACUCGUUGAUACAUUUUGGUGGUUCUAUUUAAAAUAUUUCAAAAAACAAUUUGAUGUCGAUGAAGAAUGUAACAAAUAUUUUGGACGAAUUUCUAAAAAUUAUGUUGAAUUGCUUCUUUCUGUUGAUCCAUGGUUUCGAGAUAAAUUUUUUAAUAUUUAUGCACCUUAUUUAUCUCAAGCAGUUUAUCAAACAUUUUUUGAUACAUGUCCUGAUUCACGCAUGAAUUUAACCGAUAAAUUUAAAGAAUUUGUUGCAAAUACAAUAAGCGAAUGGAUAUCAGGAACUCAAGCAACUGCUGAAUCAUAUAAAAAUUGGAAAAUUCGUGCUGAUUCAACCAUGAUAACAUCUGAUAACGCAAUGGAAAAUAGUUCAUCAUCAAAUGACAUUUUAAAAAAAAUUCUUCACCUUGAAGAAGAACUUGAGGCACUAGGUGGUGAUUCUGGAGAUGAAACUACCCGGUCUGCUGUAACAAAAGCAUCUAGCGCAACACCAAGAAAAAAUACUUUAUCAAAUUUUAAUGGUAGCGCACAAAUUGAAAAUGAACCGUUUGGAUUAAGUAAUCAAAGUACAUUAGUUGCUCAAUUUUUGGACCAAUGUGAUAUUCAACCCAAUACACCACGUCUACGAAAUAUAAAUCGCAUGCAUAUUAAAGGAUGGUCAGCAGACAAAUAG